UUAUGAGGCCGGAACCAAUGUGUGGUACGGCGCUGGCGGGCGGAGGACUGUUUUGGUUAAGAACCACAGAUCUCUGAAGGGUUAGUCGGGACAGUUCCGGGGGUAGAACGCGACUGUGAGGUCUUCGUCUUCAUCUCCAGAUAUGCAUCGACAGAAUUUUCGACCCCCGACUCCUCCUUACCCCGGCCCGGGGGUAGGAGGUUGGGGUAGUGGGAGCAGCUUCCGGGGUACCCCAGGCGGAGGCGGACCACGACCGCCCUCCCCUCGGGACGGAUACGGGAGCCCGCACCACACAUCGCCGUACGGGCCCCGGUCUAGGCCCUACGGGAGCAACCACUCUCCGCGACACGGCGGCAGCUUCCCCGGGGGCCGGUUCGGGUCGCCAUCCUCUGGCGGCUACUCUGGCUCCUACUCCAGGUCCCCCGCUGGGUCCCAGCAGCAAUUCGGCUACUCCCCGGGGCAGCAGCAGACCCACCCCCAGGGUUCUCCAAGGACAUCUACACCUUUUGGAUCAGGGCGUGGUAGAGAAAAAAGAAUGUCUAAUGAGUUGGAAAGUUAUUUCAAGCCUUCAAUGCUUGAAGACCCUUGGGCUGGCCUAGAACCAGUAUCUGUAGUGGAUAUAAGCCAACGAUACAGCAAUACUCAAACAUUCACAGGCAAAAAAGGAAGAUACUUUUGUUAACAUUUCUGAAAUUCAACCGGAAGCUUCAUGUGUCAGGAACAUCUUGGACAAAACUUAUACUUGUGUAAUUACGUUAAACCCUAACAUGGUGACUUUGAAUAAUUAUUUGGGUCUUCUUGGUAUUUUUCAUCUUAUCAAAUAUUGUUGGUAGUAGAAAAGACAUAUGGUGGGAUAAUUUGCAAUAUUUAGUUCUGGAAGUGCCUACUACAUUUUAGAAGAUUUACAUUUUCCAAAUAUUUAGCAUUCUUGGUUAUAUAAUGGACAUUUGUCUUUUAAUAUUUUUCCAUUGUCUUAAAACAUUUGGUCUUUCCAGCUAUAAUCGUGGUUCUGUCAUAUGCUAAAGAAGUAGAAUUAUUAAAAUAAUGCUUUGUAAUCAGUUAGUUAGAAUUCAUAGGUAAAUGUUUUGCCAACUACUUUGAAAAUAAAAUAGAUAAACCAUC